AUGAGUGUGACCAGUGAAGAGGUGAAUUAUAUGAUCUGGAGAUACCUUCAAGAGGCAGGAAAGGAAGUGACAGCUCUAGCACUACAAGAAGAAUCACGAGUACUAGAGUUUGAUCGCCAGUUUGGGGAACAUAUUCCGAUCGGAGCAUUGGUCGAUUUUUUACAGAAGGGAAUACUUUACACAGAAUCAGAGCUUAUGGUGCGGUAUGAUCGUGAGGUAACUCCUGUUGACGUUGAACACAGCUCGAAGGAUUUCAAUCUGGUCCAAGCAUUAGAGAUCAAUAGGGGCCGCGUCCCUCAGGUUGAGGAAACGCAGAAGUUCGAACUCGCUGACGAAACCAAGACAUCCACGCAGGAUGAUAGAGACACCCAGGAGGCAGUAGAACAAACACACCCCAACGGAGGUACCAACACUGACACUUCUAGGUUCAUCAAGACUUUGCACGAGACCACUAAAUUACAGCAGAGCCUGGUUAGCCGAUGGAAUCCACAGGGACCUUUGACGAUAGCUCAUGGCAGCAGCGAAUCAACAGUAACUAUCACUAAAUUCUCGCAACCGGAACCAGGGAUUCUAACUCAACUAGUUGAAUGCCAAUGUCGACUUCCGUUAAUGUCUGUAGAGGGAAGAUCUGAAUCUGUAACCACAAUCGAGUGGUGCCCUACAGGACAAAGUCUUGCAGUUGGAUUGGAAAAUGGAGAGGUACGGUUGUGGUCGGCCGAAGGAAAGUUACAAAAUGUCUUUGAGCUUCACAAGUCCUGUAUCACAUCAAUCAAGUGGAACCAGGACUCUAUACAUUUCUUUACAUGCGACGUUGACAAUGUAGUAGUUGUCUGGAACUCACUUACAGGUACUGCUCUACAACAACUGUCGCCAAAAGAGCCAGGCGUAGCAGAAUCAUUGGGUAUUGAUGCAACGUGGAUUGGCCUUGAUAAAUUCAUUAUUCCCGGUUCUCAAGGCAGCUUGCUUCUGUGUGAGAUAGGUGAAAGUCGCCCUCUUGGUAAACUGCAAGGGCACACAAAGACACUUACCGCAUUUGAUUACAACUCGGACACAAAAUUGCUAGUGACUGCAUCAGACGAUAAAACCCUGCGGGUAUGGCGCAGCGGCACGUCCAAUUCCUCGAACUGUUUUAUGGGGAAUUCGCAGGGUAUUACAAGCGCAGCUUGGAUAGACCAUGAUAGAAUAAUAUCAACUUCACUAGACGGAUCAGUGCGAGUGUGGUCUCACUCGUCUAACUCCCUGGUAGCGCUCUCAAUGCUUGACGGGGUGCCGAUCUUUUGUGGGGUUCUAUCUGCAGACAGAAAAAAGUUUGCUGUGGCAAAAAUGGACGGCGAGAUUAGCCUAUAUAAUGUUGAAAUGUUGCUGAAAACAUUAGACGAUGGAGGGGCCCCGGUUACUCACUCGCCAACUUCAAUCCCAGUAUACGGUGAUUAUCAGUCUAAUGCUGAGGAGAACUACAUCACCGAUUUGGCAUGGGAUGCCUCCAGUACGUACCUCUCAAUUUGCUAUUCGGCAAGCAAUGCGGCUUUGAUAUACGUGGGCUGA